AUGACCAACCAGAAGAAAGUCAAACUCAAGAAGCCUGAAAACCUCAAGCGAAAACCUCAGAAUGAGCUUGAUGCUCGGUGCCUUGCCAUGAAACGCCGUAGGCGUGUCCACGCGGAAAUAACAGUUGGUCAAGCUGUUUCAAACGCUGCCGAACAAUACGAUCGCGCCGACCGACUUGUGCCAGGUGGUUCAGGCGAUAUCAUCAUUCCAAUGGCCAAACACCCAGCUUUCGACGAGAGUGAUAGAGACGAGGAACCAGACCCACUUGGACAAUUACCGCCCAGUCCUCCACCUCAUGAUGCCAAUAUCACUGGUGAAGUGUUUGCUUUUGGCCUCAACGAAGGAUUUCAUGCAGGACGGCGCCAACGGGAGGAAGAGGAUUGGCGCAAUCGAUAUCCGGCCAUGUUUCCAGUCUUCUUGGCCUGUCAGCAGAGGACCAAUAACUGGUCCAAUGUCGACACUCGAUUUAAGGACUGGAAGGGACCGUGUAACUGUACAGGUACCAUUCGCACUUUUGAUGUGCUUGAUCUUACAUAUAAAGUUGAAGAUGUGUCCAUGUUCCCCUAA